CACCACGAGAGAAGCGGAGACAAGAAGAGCCGUUAGAGGGGGAGGAGAAAAAGGCAACUCGCCAGCAAGUUUGUUUGUGGACUACCCUGCGAUAUGGGAGGAGGCACCACAUAUACUCUUCAAGGGGGUCUGAACUUGAUCUUUAUUUUGCCGAGGGGGGCAAAUAAACUCCUGAAGAGAGAGUGAAGAGGAGGAGAAGAAGACAUGAAGGACUUGGUGCAGUCGGUUGAACUAGGGAUCUCUCAGCGAAAAAGAGCGCGUGGACCUAGAGUUUGGCUAAAGAAUGAACUUGUUCGGGUGGGACUGGCUGAAUCCCUUUGCACAUAUGUCAUGAUGGUGUUCGGCCUGGGGUCCGUGGCCCAGGUAGUGACAGGACAGGGAGAGUUCGGACAGUACAUCAGCAUCAAUCUGGGUUUUGCACUGGGUGUUGCCAUGGGGGUUCAUGUCGGAGGGAAGGUGUCAGGGGCUCACAUGAAUGCCGCGGUGUCAUUCACCAUGUGCACGUUUGGCCGCCUUGGGUGGAAGAUGCUGCCUCUGUAUGUUUUUGCACAACUACUUGGGUCAUUCCUGGCCGCAGUGACCAUCUAUGGCGUUUACUAUGAAGCCAUACACGACUAUUGUGGAGGUAACCUGACUGUGACAGGAACAAAGGCCACAGCAGGUAUCUUUGCCACUUAUCCUGCACCGUACCUCUCCUUGCAUGCUGGAUUCCUUGAUCAGGUGAUCGGCACAGCCAUGCUGCUGCUUUGCCUGAUGGCUUUGUCAGAUCAGAAGAACAAACCGGCGGCGGCGGGAAGCGAGCCUGUCGCAGUGGGUCUCCUGGUGCUGCUCAUUGGCAUUUCCCUGGGCAGCAACAGUGGCUACGCCAUCAACCCAACCAGAGACAUCGCACCCAGGGUCUUCACCGCCAUAGCGGGCUGGGGGGGUGAUGUGUUCAGGUCUGGAAAUGGGUGGUGGUGGGUGCCUCUGGUUGCCCCCCCCAUUGGAGGAAUACUGGGUGCAGGGCUCUACAAGGCGUUGGUGGAAAUGCACCAUCCACCUCUCCUUGAACAGAAAGAGCAGCUGGUGGAGGAGUUUGAGGAGAGUUUGGCGCUGGAGAAACAAGAAAACAUCGGUGCCAAUGUGGCCGUCUGAGGUUGCCCAACGAUCCGGUGAAGCUAAUUGCACAUCUUUAUGGAUUUAAAAUAUUCCAUCACUACGAGGGGCUGGAAGACAAACCGCUCAGAACGCUUAAAUAAGGUUGUUAAUUUCUCAAGCAACUUGAGUAUACCUGCCACACAUAGGCUAUUACAUAUUUUAAGCAAUGAUGCUAAGGCCAAUUGCUCUAAUUUAUGAUAAUUAUAGUAACUAGAUUGGAUCAAAAAUUACAAUACAU